CAUCAGGGGAAUGAAUGGUGAGACUUAAGGACCUGACAUGAGAGUCUCUCGUGUCUUUAUACUGGAUACCUCUUGGUGUCAGUGAGAAGCCGUGGCACACUGUCCACAGUGACUUUGGCUUCAGUUAGAUUUAAGACAUGAUGUCACAGAGACAAGCAGGUCCUCAUCACUUACUCCACCACCACCACCACCAUGUUGUGAAAGUGUAAGUCCAAGCUGACAGAUUUUCAUCCCUCCUCUUUUCAUGAGUCACUGUAUUACAGUGAAACCUGCAGCCAUAUAGAGGAAAAGGAGCAAAUGGUGAAGUGUAUAAAAAAAAAAUAGUAAAACUCUUGCUUGAGGGUUUUGACUAGUGGACUACAGAGGAUAUUGCAAGCAGAAAAACCGCAAAAGUGUUUUUUGGGGGGGGUCAUUAUUUCAUGGAUUCGUUCCAGGGCCUCAGAGUCAGAAUGAUGCAGCACAUGUACAGUGUCAAUGUAUCUUCAUUACUGCCAAUUAAUGAACACACACCAAGGUUGGAGGGUAUCUUAUAGUGGAUUAGUGCAAUCUGGGCUUCUGGCAAAUUAAGCGGGGGUACUUCUAACUUUUGCCACGUGCGUGCGUAAAGUGGAUGGCAAGGCGCGCACACGUGCAGCACAUCACUGCGGGCAACAACUGCUGUCAGACGCAUUAUUCGGAGUAGGAGUGAGGGCUAUGGACGAUUCAUCGACCGAUCCGCCUCUCGGAUUGGAGCAGUCUUCUGAAAUAACACUUCAUAUUGACUAUAUUUGUCUCAUCUGAAAAUGACACGCACGGACAACAAACGGUGAUUUUCUCAGAUGUCCGACUGACCCCAAGAUCAGAUUUAAGGUUUGAUAGGAAUUUUUUUAUCUGUUCAUUUCUCAGUCGGAUAUAUGGCUCAUCUUUGGAUUCAGUGAAGAUAAUUCCUCAGCGUCAGGUGCGUCUGCAGCGGGAGACCAGUGGAGGUUUGGAAACUUGCGUGGCGCAGGGGACUGUGUCUCUUUUCUCAUCGGCGCUGUCACACACAGAGAAAGAGGGAGGGAGCCAUGGUGAACUCCCUCGUGCUGGCGUUCAGCUUGACUGUGAUUUUUGAGGUGGCGAGAGCUCAGAAUGACACGGAGCCGAUCGUCCUGGAGGGCAAAUGCCUCGUGGUCUGCGACUCAAACCCGGCCACGGACUGGAAGGCUUCGUCCUCUCCGCUUGGCAUCUCGGUGCGCGCAGCCAACUCCAAGGUGGCUUUCUCUGCAGUCCGGAGCAACAACCACGAGCCCUCGGAGAUGAGCAACAAAACAAGAAUAAUCUACUUCGACCAGAUUCUUGUGAAUAUAGGAAACUACUUCACAUUUGAAUCAGUAUUUUUGUCCCCAAGAAAAGGAAUCUACAGUUUUAACUUCCAUGUCAUAAAAGUGUACCAGAGUCAAACCAUACAGGUGAAUCUAAUGUUGAACGGGAAACCAGUCAUCUCUGCCUUUGCAGGUGACAAAGACGUAACUCGAGAGGCAGCCACCAACGGAGUUCUGCUUUAUCUGGAGAAGGAGGAUAAAGUUUACUUAAAGCUGGAGAAGGGCAACCUCGUCGGUGGAUGGCAGUACUCGACGUUUUCUGGCUUUCUUGUGUUCCCCCUGUAAAGGACAGACGAUUGUAAGCUGACUGACUUGUUCAUAAUGUGUUGUCACUGUAUAAUCAAAACAUCAUCCGCUGCAUCGAUUGGCUCUCGUCAAAUGGGUGAAAAACGAGAGAUGGAAAUGGAUAACAUCAGAGAGAGGAAAUAAGACGUUGGAAAAUCACUGACAGUCUCUGACGUGCUGAGUCCUGGUCCAGAUGAAAGAGACUUGGAAUGUUCCCUAUCCCUGCUCUACACUCCUGUCACUCACAGAGCCUCUGAGACCAACAUCUCAUAACAUGCCUAAUGUACUUUUCAAACUUGUUGGAAUAUGUUUAGCAUACUGAUUUCCUUCACGACAACAGUUUCUCGCUAUAUAUCUGCCCUCGUCAGUGUAAAUUGUAUAUACCUGCAUUAAAUGUGCUACUUGUCAUCACCAAAGUUUUGCCAGUGAUCAGGAUGUUGGGGGAUGGAAAAUAAGGAAAAAAUGGAAGCCAUAAAAGAGAGCUGAUACUGGAGUGGUGUAGGUCACAUAAUACUGAGAUCCAUGUUUGUGGGAGUUGCUGGGUGUAGCUAAUGGUGAAUGGGCCUACAUACAUACACACAGUACAUCAAACAGCUGCAGUGAGACAUCAAAUAGACACAAAGAAAUGCAAGAGAACUACAAAGGGAACACAAUGGCUACAAAGAGACACCAAAUGACUGCAAAGAGACAGAAACCUACCACAAAGUGAUGCAAAGACAGACUCUAUGACUACAAAGAGAUGCCAAAUGACCUGAGAGACACGCAAGCAACCUAAUUAUUUGUACCAAGAUGCCAAACAAGAAACAAAAUCAGUUUUUAUUAUUACCUUUUUUUUCAGUCUGCAACGUUUGCUUCAACAGUGGAAGGUUGGGAAGCCUUGUACAUGUCUGUGUUGAGUGCAGGAGUGUCAAACUCAUUUUAAUUCAGGGGCCACAUUUUGGCACAAUUUGAUCUCAAGUGGGUCGGACCAGUAAAAUAAUGACAUAAUAACCUAUAAACAACAAGGACUACACAUUUUUCCCUUAGUUUUGCAUCUUUUUACAAAACAUAUUAUGAAGGUUUACGAGAAAAAAUAAAUGCUAUUUUCAACAAUUAUGCCUAAGUUUACUAUGGACACAUUUGCAUUAAAACUUACAGAUCACAGUGGAUCUACAAAGGCACAAAACAUUUAGCCACAUGUAUCUGAAACUGAAAAAUAUAGCAUUUAGGACAUUUUCACAAAUUCAAAUUCACAUUUAACACCCCUGGUUUAUCAUUGAUCAUAUUUACAUGCUUCUUUGUCUCUUUAAAGUUACAUUAAUAUUCCACCAUUUUAUUUUUCCCACUAAGCUCAAUUGUUUAGCAUCUUUCAACUACUAGUUUUGUUUUGUUGGUCUGCGUCCAUGCUGUCAGUGUUUUAGUUGUGUUAUUAAUUUGCUGGCAAAUACAGCAAAUGUGUUUGUCGCUAAAGAGUAAUGUGCGGGUGGAGACCAAAAACAGAGGUGAAAGGUCAUGUGAUUGUUCGAUUUACAUUUAUCGGUUGCCUGGAAACACGAGUACAAAUGAAUUAUAUAUUAUCAAUAUAUAAUUCCGAAAUAUAUAUUAUAUUGUAUUAUAAUAUUGUUAUGUUUCGGCUGGAUGUGUAAAUACAGAUAAAUAAUAGCUAACACAUUUGCCACAUUAAAGGAGCUGUAUGUAAGUCAUAAAAUGGCAGCGAUCAUGCUAAAUUUAAAUACCGGCUUCACUGAUAACAACGGCAGAGCCAGAUGAUUCACCGUUUCAUUUAUAGCCUACUAUACUUAAUACUUAAUAUUUAUGUUGUGGAAAAAGAGCAGAUCUGUCUUUUUGCCGGACUAUUUCCUCAAACUACUUGGCAACCUUGUGUCUCUUGGGCGGUGGACAAUGCUUUCCAAUAUGUUUGCAUUUGGAUUGCAGUACCUGUUUUAAACUGUAGUUACAUGUCUUACAUAUAGCCCCUUUAACUUCAAAAAAUUAUAAAAAAAAAUCUUAAAUACAAUAUGUUUCAGUGUUACUUUAACAACAUUUCAUUGCUGCUCCCAAGUGGCCAAAAAAAAUCAGUGAUUUUAGGUGUAAGAUUAGAGAAAAAAAAACUGUUUUGGUCAAAUGUUAAUAAAAUAAAUCAUGUUUGAAGUCACUGUUGCCUUUGUCAAUAUUUAACAGAUUAUGAUCCUUUCCUGACCGUGUGCCUAGAAAUAACGAUACAAAUGUUUAUAAUGCCAUACACUGGCUGUUUUAAUGAAAGAGCAGAUAUUAUGGGUAAAACAAAUAAAAUAUGUUGUCACUG